AUGUUCAGCGGGCGUAAGUUUUCGUUCAACCGCCACACUGGCGCUCCGAAACCCAGAGCUCGCCGAUUCAGCAACGCUGAGCCUGGCGCAAAUGAGGUUCAAUCCAAAGUUCACCGCCAGUUUCGCAACGCCCACGAGGGCCAUCUUCCCCAUGCUGGUCUCGAUGCCAGCAGAGCUUCCACUGGUGUAAUUUGGUGUACUGAGCGGGCUGCCGAGCUUGGCUUCUUCGAGGAUCCCGACUCCUGGGCCAAUUUGGGCCAGGGAGCACCCGAGGUGGAGGAUGACAUUGCCGGCUGCUUUCAGCGUCCUACGACGAUUGAUAUUUCCGUCGCUGCGAGAGAGUACGGUCCUACCGCUGGCAUUCGACCGCUGAGAGAGGCAGUGGCCAAGCUGUACAAUGAGAUGCAUCGCAAGGGAAAGGAUAGCCAGUAUACCUGGGAGAAUGUGGCCAUUGUGCCUGGAGGUCGAGCGGGUUUGAUUCGAAUUGCCGCCGUAUUGGGCAAUUCGUACUUGAGUUUCUUUUUGCCCGACUAUACGGCGUAUAACGAAAUGUUAAGUUUGUUCAAGAAUUUUGCAGCUAUUCCCGUCCCUCUGUCUGAGGAAGAUGGCUAUCAUAUCCACCCGGACAAGAUUGCAGAGGAAAUCGCCCGUGGUACCUCUGUCAUCCUCACCUCAAAUCCCCGAAACCCUACCGGCCGAGUCGUUGCCAACCCUGAGUUGGCCGAGAUUCAGGACAUUUGCCGUGGCCGAGCCACCUUGAUCAGCGAUGAGUUUUACUCUGGCUACAACUACACUAGUAACUGCGACGGAACUACUAUUUCUGCCGCCGAAAACGUCGAAGAUGUUGAUGAAGAUGAUGUUCUUAUUAUCGAUGGUCUUACGAAGCGAUUCCGAUUGCCUGGAUGGCGAAUUGCAUGGAUCCUGGGACCCAAGGAGUACAUUGCCGCCAUCGGCUCCUGUGGUAGUUAUUUGGAUGGCGGUGCCUGCCACGCCUUCCAAGAUGCCGCUAUCCCCAUGCUGGAGCCAACUCUUGUCCAGAACGAAAUGGUCCACUUGCAGCGCCACUUUCGUGACAAGCGAGACUACGUUGUCCGUCGCCUACGCGAAAUGGGCUUCGUCAUUAAAUACGUGCCCGAUUCAACCUUUUACUUGUGGCUCAACCUCGAUGGCCUCCCCGCAAGUAUCGCUGAUGGCCUCAACUUCUUCCAGGCCUGUCUGGAAGAAAAGGUCAUUGUCGUGCCCGGCAUCUUCUUCGACCUCAACCCCUCGCGACGUCGAGACUUGUUUGACAGUCCGUGCCACCACUUUGUGCGUUUCUCGUACGGCCCAAGAAUGGACGUGCUGCGCAUGGGGUUGGAUGGCAUUGAGAGAGUUGUUUCCAAGCACAAGAAGGCUGCGGAGUAG